AUGUUCAUCGUUUCCGCGAGAGUUCCCGCCGGCGACGCCAUUUCCGACCCCCUCCAGCGUUUUGAGAUUCGUCCCACUUGCUCUUCGUUCCCAUUUGGCCAGCAGUGUGCGGAGACCCUAGACUUCCUAUCAAAUAUGGAUCGAAGCUGGAUGAAUGAGCGUCGCAUAAGUGAAGAGUAUGAAAAGGGGGUUUCUGAGUUUUUGCAAUAUGUUCAAGAACACGCAAUCUCAAGUAACGGGACAUAUUUUUGUCCUUGUGUUCGUUGUCUUAAUCAAAUACGUCAUGACUUAGGAACAAUGCGUGAUCAUCUAUUCAUCUUUGGUAUAAUGAGAAGUUAUACACUUUGGACUUGGCAUGGAGAAGUAUUAGACAAGCCUAGAACGUCACGAGGAACAGAUUAUGUAGAUGACUGGAUGAAUGAUCAUUUAGAAGAUAUGGUAUGUGAUGUUGGGGAGGAGAAUUUUGGAAAAGUUCAUUUAUAUGAUUCUCUUAAGUCCGAUUCAGAGGAACAAUUGUACCCAGGAUGCACUAACUUUACGCGACUGUCAGCAACUUUGAAAUUAUUCAGUUUAAAAGCAAGGCAUGGAUGGACGGAUACAAGUUUCACAGAAUUGUUGGAGUUGUUAAAGGAGAUGCUUCCAGAAAAUAACACGUUACCUAUCCGUAAUUACGAAGCGAAGAAAGUUUUAUGUCCAAUGGGUUUGGAAUAUCAAAAGAUACAUGCAUGCCCAAAUGAUUGUGUUUUAUACAGAGACGAGUUUGCUUCACUGAAGGCGUGUCCAACAUGUGGUUUAUCGCGGUUUAAAAAGAAAAUUGAUGGAAAUAGUGGCGAUGAAGACAAAGAUGGUCCACCUGCUAAGGUGAUGUGGUACCUUCCUAUAAUUCCUAGAUUCAAACGACUAUUUUCCAUUAAAGAAGAUGCAAAAAACCUGAAAUGGCACGUUGAUGGAAGAAAGUGUGAUAAUCUUCUUCGACACCCAGCUGAUUCUCCACAAUGGAAGAAGAUUGAUGAAACAUUUCCAGAAUUUGGUGCUGAGCCAAGAAACUUAAGACUUGGACUUGCUACAGAUGGUAUGAAUCCUUAUGGGAACUUAAGUAGCAAACAUAGUUCAUGGCCAGUUUUGCUGAUGAUUUACAAUUUAUCUCCUUUGUUGUGCAUGAAGAGGAAAUAUAUGAUGUUGUCUAUGAUGAUAUCGGGUCCUAGACAACCUGGAAAUGACAUUGAUGUGUACCUAAAGCCGUUGAUCGAUGAUUUGAAACUAUUAUGGGAAGAAGGUGUCGAUGUGUAUGAUUCAUAUUCUGAAGAAUUGUUUUGUUUGCGUGCAAUGUUGUUUUGCACCAUAAAUGAUUUUCCAGCAUAUGGAAACUUGAGCGGUUACAGUGUUAAAGGUCAUUUUGCAUGUCCCAUUUGUGAAAAAAACACGAGUUAUAUUCAAUUGAAGCACGGUCAGAAAACUGUGUAUACAAGACAUCGAAAGUUUCUUCCUCGAAAUCAUCCGUAUCGUAGAAUGAAAAAAGCAUUUAAUGGAAGUCCUGAGGAUGAAGUUGUAGCGAGACCCUGCAAUGGUGAAGAAAUAUACAACCAAGUGGAAAACAUUGACAUUGUGUUUGGGAAACAUCCAAAGAAAAAGACCACGGAAAAAAGCAUUUGGAAGAAACGAUCAAUCUUCUUUAAUCUUCCAUAUUGGUGUAAACUUGAUGUACGACAUUGUAUAGACGUGAUGCACGUUGAAAAAAAUGUAUGUGAUAGCGUCAUCGGGACUUUACUAAAUGUAAAAGGAAAGACUAAAGAUGGAGUUAAAGCACGACAAGAUUUGGCUGAAAUGGGCAUCCGUUCUGAGUUACAUGCACAAUCAAUUGGAAGACGAACCUACCUGCCUCCAGCUUGUCACACUCUUUCUAGAAAAGAGAAGCAAAUUUUUUGUGAGUGUUUAAGAAGUGUGAAGGUUCCCCAAGGUUACUCUUCAAAUAUUAGUAGCCUUGUUUCUAUGCAAGAUUUAAAGUUAGUCGGUUUAAAGUCUCACGAUUGUCAUGUGUUGAUGCAACAACUUUUACCAGUAGCUUUUCGAGCCAUCUUACCUACUUCUGUCAGAGGUAUUCUAACACGUUUGUGUAUGUUCUUCAAUGCCAUAUGCAAGAAAGUUAUUGACCCUCGAGUGUUAGACGAUUUGGAAAAUGAGGCCAUUAGACUAUUGUGUCAAUUAGAAAUGUAUUUUCCACCUUCAUUUUUCGAUAUCAUGGUUCAUUUGAUAGUUCAUCUUGUGAGGGAAAUUCGAUUAUGUGGGCCAGUUUUCUUGAGAUGGAUGUACCCAGUGGAAAGAUACAUGAAGAUCUUAAAGGGAUAUGUCAAGAAUCAGUAUCGACCAGAAGCUUCUAUUAUAGAGCGGUACAUUGCAGAAGAAGCCAUUGAAUUCUGCUCAAGUUAUAUGCCAAGUUGUGAACCAAUUGGAGUUCCUAAGACUAGACAUGAAGGUAAAUGUGAAGGUAAGGGUGUGCGUGGAGUGAAGAUUCAAAGUGUUAGUAGAAAAUUAGUUGAUCAAGCCCAUUUGUACAUCUUAAACAACACUGUAGAGGUCAUUCCUUACAUAACGCAACACAUUGAUGAAACGAAAUCAGCACAUCCACGAAUGAGUGAAAAAUGGGCACUUAAUGAACAUAACAAAACAUUCUUAUCAUGGUUUAAGAAAAAGGUUUACGCGACUCCAAAUGUUUCUGAAACUCUAUUGAGGCUAGCUCGUGGACCGAACAAUGAUGUCAUUACAUAUGGCGGGUACUACAUAAACAAUCAUUGUUUUUAUUCAAAGAUGGAAGAUGACAAAAGUAGAGUUCAAAAUAGUGGGGUUACACUUCAAGCUGAAUCUGUACAUUUUGCCAGUUCUAAGGACAAGAAUCCAGUUACAGCAUCCAUGAGUUACUUUGGAAUAAUACACGAAAUAUGGGAAGUUGAUUAUGUGACUUUUAGAGUGCCAGUUUUCAAGUGUAAAUGGGUUGAUAGUAAUUCGGGUGUUAGCACAGAUGACUUUGGCUUUACUUUGGUGGAUCUUAACAAGAUGAGUGAUACAAAUGAACCAUUUAUUAUGGCUAGUCAAGCAAGACAAAUUUUUUAUGUCAUUGAUCCAGCCAAUCAGAAAUUGUCAGUUGUAUUGGAAGGAAGAAACAUGCACGUAAAUGAUGAUGAAGAUUGUCUAGACAUACUUGAGACAACGUCUUUCUCAUCAAGAACCAUUCAAGACAAAGUUGAUGAUGUAACUGAUGACAUCCAUGCUAUUCGAAGUGAUCACAAUGAAGGUAUGACAAGCUCCGGAUCAGACCAGGAGGGACCUGGUAGAUCUGUGACUCGGUUGCCGGAUGUCACAAACCGAUGA